UGAUUGUUUUGUCACAGCUGCAAAAGUGCCAUGCAUUGUAACGCACCGUUUACAGUUAGGUCAAAUAUAAAAAAUAAAACAAAUAUUGCACGGUUCCCUGGAGGUCCACUUUGACCACUUCACUUACAGGAUUAGAGGCGCAACUAGACUGUUAACUGUUGACGUCACUACUUCCAGUUCCUCUGUUUAAAAGGUGCUUGAACUCAACUGGUUCAUCAAAGUGUGAGUCAGUGAUGAGGAUGUGAGCAGAGCAUCAGUGUGGAGGCAGACAAACACAAACAUGACUGCAGCUGUUCUCCUGCUCUGUGUUGUCGGGGUUCUCUGCUCAGCCAUCCUGUCAGCACAGAAUCUCUCAUGUGUCCCCAGUCAUGAGGUGGCAUGUCUGGAGCCAGCUAAUUACCUGAAGACAUCUGGAGCUGUCAGUGUAGACGUGUGCGCUGGUAUGAAACUCAUGGUUUCACUGCAGGGCCUCAGUGGAUACUCUGUCUGUCACUGGAUCAGAGGAGAACGCGUCGUAAUGACAGUGAGAGACUCGAUUGUCCCACCACAACCUUCUGAGGCUGGUCCUGGGGAGUACACACUGAGCUGUGAAACCAGUAAUGGGACCAGCUCCUCUGUGACUGUGUCUGUACGUGAAUUAAAGGAGCGUCCAACCAAACCACAGCUGAUGCUGCAGGACGUCAAAGAUCGAAAUUGGUCUCCUAACUUUGCCUGCAUCUCUGAAGGCUGUCCAAAGCCUACAAUCAAAUGGUUUGGAAAUAAAGUUGGAAUAAAUGGUCCUGCAAACAGUGAGAGAAGGGCAGAGAGCAAAAUAUCAAGUACUAAAUACGUGGCUGGAAGAAUGAUGUGCUGUGCCACUAAUGAAGAAGGACAAGAGUGCUCCCAACUUUAUCACUAUGAUCUAGAGCGAGAGCAAAUGGAAAAUGAGUUUUACAAUGUGACAGUGAGUCCCGGUCAGUCUUUACUCCUUCGCUCUCGGAUACAAGAGUAUAGACCUCCAUCACCUGUGUGGGAGAAAGGUGGCAAACUACUAGACGCCAGCACGCUAAAUUGCUCUUCUACAGUCGAGAAGAUCUGCAUUAAAAAUGACUUCCAUUUUGAAAAUGGAUUUGCCUACCUAUUCAUCAAGUCAGUCAGUGCAGAAGACGGUGGAACAUACACCUGCAGGAGUCCGAAACACAAAACUAAGUCUGUCUACAUUCACGUCCAGGCUGAAGGUUUCCUCUCUGUCCAGUUGGAUAAGCGUAAGAUCGUUCCAGCUCUGAACGCCUCCAGCUCCUGUUUGCAAGCCAAUGUUUCCUACCACCCUGUGCUCCAGAGUUGCUUCUGGGAGGCUCCUGAUAAAACCAUUAGGAAAUGCAGCACAGACGAAUGGGUGACGAAACACAGGAGUGUGCAGCUCUGCAAUUCACUAAAACCUGGAGAUUACAAGUUACACUUGGAGGCUGGAGGACAAAAAGAAACAAAGACCAUAUCAGUGUGUGUUGUCGAUGCACCAAAGUUCAGUUUUGGCUUCAGCAAAAUGAAUAAUACGGUCACCUUUGAGGCUGUGAGUCUUGUGCCAGCAAAUUAUACCUGGAAUUUUUGUUCUUCAGAGAAUGGCAGCUGUGAAGCAGAAUCUUCCUGGACAAACAUCCCCGAUACCUUUCAAGCAGACUCUGACGUUUCCUGUAACAAAACAACCAAGAGCUCACUGAGAAGUGACCAAGCGUCUGGACAAUAUAUAAGGUUCUGCCUCACAAACUCAGUUGGCUCCUGGUGCUCGAACUCGAUAUACAACCCACCUUCACACCAGGCCUCCACAGGUGCCAAACCUACAGAGAACAACAUGGUGCUGCUGAAAGUCGGCAGCUUCUUCCUGCUUCUGGCUUUGGCAGUAGUCAGUGUGGCUCUCAUGUACUUUGUGAAAAAGAAGAAACCCCAGUAUCAGCCCCAGCUGCAGAUGAUCCAGAUGGUUGGACCCAGCGACAACGAUUACAUCUACAUCAAUUUCAAGGACUUUGAAUACGACCAGAAAUGGGAGUUUCCUAGGGAGAAUCUGGAGCUGGGUAAUGAACUGGGCUCUGGAGCGUUUGGCAUGGUGGUCCGAGCUACAGCCUAUGGCAUCAACAAGCCUGGGGUGUCACAGCAGGUGGCUGUCAAGAUGCUGAAAGAGAAACACCAGACGAUGGAGAAGGAGGCGUUGAUGUCAGAGCUCAAGAUGCUGACUCACAUCGGUCACCACGGAAACAUUGUUAACCUGCUUGGCGCUUGCACCGAUUUAGGACCCAUAUACCUGAUUUUCCAGUACUGCUGUCAUGGAGACCUGCUGAACUACCUAAAGAACAACAGUGAGCGUUAUCACAAGUCUGUGACUGAUGCCUUCAACAAUGACCGUUUCAGCAGCUUGUACAACAACCUGCAGCCUCGCAAAAGCCACAGUGAGCUGCAAACAGCAAUGGACAGUUAUGUGCCCAUGUAUCGUGCUGCCACCAGGGGGCAGGAAGACAUCGCCCUCAGCUCAGGUGACAUGGAUGUUUACGAAGAGAUGUAUGCAAACCAAGAUGAUCAGACCGAGGAGCUGCAAGCCCUGACUUUUGAUGACCUGCUGAGCUUUGCCUUCCAAGUGGCCAAGGGCAUGGAGUUCCUCUCCUCCAAGAAUUGUCUCCACCGAGACCUGGCAGCUCGCAACGUAUUAGUGACAAAAGGCCGACUGGUGAAGAUUGGUGACUUUGGUUUGGCCCGGGACAUCGACAAUGACUGCAACUACGUCGUGAGAGGAAAUGUGCGUUUACCAGUGAAGUGGAUGGCACCAGAGAGCAUCUUUCAUGGGAUGUACACCAUGAAGAGUGACGUCUGGGCCUACGGCAUCCUGCUCUGGGAGAUAUUCUCACUCGGUGUCACUCCGUAUCCCGGGAUGAAGGUGGAUCACGCGUUCUAUUCAAUGAUUGAGAGAGGAUUCAAGAUGGAGUGUCCGUACUACGCCAAUGAGUCUGUGUACGGGAUGAUGUGUAAGUGUUGGGCCCUGGAUCCCUGUGACCGUCCUACUUUCUCCAAACUGGUGUCAUUCAUGUGUGAGCAGCUGAUGGACAGAGAGGAGAAGCUCUACCACAACAUCCUUGACCAGACGUCCAGCGAUUACCAGAAUGCACUGACCGUAUUGGACAUUUCUGCCUCUGCAAAGCAGGAGGAGAAGAAGACGCAGUCAGUGAAUGACUACUGUCAAAUCCAAGCAGCCCAAGAGAGCAAAGCAGAAAUGUCCGACACUGUGGCAGCUCAGGAGAAACUUUUGAAGCCAUCGGAUACAGAGUGAUCGCCUCUAACUGAAUGGAAUUUGUCAAAAACUGUUUAUACAAUAUUCUUCCUCUCAUUAUAACCCCACAAGUUACAGAAGAUAGUUCUUGUCUUUGUAAAUUAAUAAAAUAUAGUGGAAUCACACAUGUUCUCAAAUAAACUGAACAUACAUUUUAAUUGUGCUUUGCAUUCAAAUUUCAGCUAAUUACCAUGAAAACAAGCUCCGAACGUAAAUACAGUAUUUGUUUUAUUCUAUCAUGUUUUAUUGUGCAGCUAAAAAUUAAAGAGACAGUUUUCAGAAAAGGAUCCUAAAUAUUCUCUUGGCAAUAAUGAAGACAUGUAAGCUAUGACUUCACAGGUUUAUAAACUGGAGUCACUGAUCAACUUUUGCUAUCAAAUUGUACUAUAUAUAUAUGUAUACAACAUGGCAACAACCCCUUGUCUUAAAAUAUUGCAAUGAUUUUGUUGUGCUCUUAUUCUUGUAUCAGCAGCUACAUGGGGUUUAAAUCCCAUUUUUGUACACAUUUAUAUUUUUACAUUUAUUGACAUGUUUUGGCAUAGU